AUGUAUAAAUGCAUGGAUGUUAAUCGUUUUCAUUUCAUUGAAGGUGAUACUGAUUCAUCUUAUUGGGCAAUCGCUGGCGACCCAAAUCUUCCUAACACUCAAGCAUUUCAAGCAAUUGUUACCGAUAAACAAUUUUAUGAUAAAAACAUUUUCAAAUUCGCACCAUUUGAUUUCUUCUGUUUUGAUGAGAAAUUUAAACCUAAAUUAAAGAAUAAAGCUGAAGAAAAAGCACAUGAGAAGAAGUUAUUGGGUUUAGCAAUUGAGAAACAAGGUGAUAACAUGGUUGCUUUAUGCCCCAAGUGUUAUACAUCAUUCAACGGUUCAAUUGAUGGAAGUGAUUUUAAAAAGAUUGCACAAAAAAUGAAAGGUGUUAGUUUACGACAAAAUAAACAAUUAACACCUAAAAAUUAUUUGGAUAUAAUAAAUGAUAAAGUGAUAUUUGAUGGUCAGAAUAUUAAUUUACAACUUAAAAACGGGUCAAUGACUCGCUUAACAAUUGGUAAGACUGCAUUAACAGGAGCACACACUAAGGCUGUAUGUUGUGAAAAUGGAUGUUGUAUGCCAUUUAUUUAA